AAUCCCAAUUCUCCCUCCCCCGGCCGCCACCUGACGUCAUCGCCCCCGCCACCACCGUCCGCCUUCCUCCUCCUCCUCCUCGCCCCCCCCGCCGCCGCCUCCAUCUCCCGAUCCCGCGCGCCGUGAUCAUGCCCGCGCCCCGAGAUCUGAUCGUCGUCGUCGUCGUCGCCGGCGCCGGCGGCAAUGCGCCCAUGAAACCCUCCCUCCUCUCGUAAUCCCCCUCGCUCCGUCCCCCUCACCCGCCCCCGGCCCCGGCCUCUUUCCCGCCCGCGCUGCCUCCACGCCCGCCAUUGAUGUCUCGAGCGCCGAACCAUGAGUUCCAGGAAUGGUGGAACAAGCAGCGCGAGCGCGGCCUCGACCCCUCCUCCCCCGACGGCGGCGGCGGCCCCCUCCUCCCCGUCGAGAUCCGGACCCCGCGGUCCGAUCAGGCCGUGGAGAAGUCCCGCGCCCGCAGCGCCCGCCAGCUCUCCUGGGUCUGCCUCCUCCGGUUCCAGCAGAUCGCCUCGCUCGUCGCCUCCGCCGCCGGCUCCCUCGUCUCCAUCCUCCGCACCGCCAACCGGAGGAUCGCCGCCUCCCCCGCGGACUCCUCGUCGUCGCGGCUGUACCGGAUCAUCAGGUUCUUCCUGAUCCUCGUGCUGGUGCUGCUAGGGUUCGAGCUGCUGGCGUAUUCCAAGGGGUGGCAUUUCAGCCCACCCUCGGUCGGGUCGAAGGAGGUGCUGGGAUUCGUGGAGCUGGUGUACGCGAAUUGGCUCGAGAUUAGGGCUAAGUAUUUGGCGCCGCCGCUCCAGAGUUUGACCAAUGUGUGCAUUGUGCUGUUUCUGAUACAGUCCGUGGAUCGAGUGGUGUUGGUUUUGGGCUGCCUUUGGAUCAAGAUUAAGGGGAUAAAGCCGGUGGCGUCGGUUGAUUAUGAGAAGAAGGGAGACUUGGACAGUGAAAGUGGGGAUGAGGUGUUUCCCAUGGUGUUGGUGCAGAUUCCGAUGUGCAACGAGAGGGAGGUUUAUCAACAAUCUAUUGCAGCAGUAUGCAUACAAGACUGGCCGAGGGAAAGAAUGCUUGUGCAAGUUCUAGAUGAUUCCGAUGAUUUAGAUGUUCAACUUCUGAUCAAAUCUGAAGUUCAGAAGUGGCAACAGAGAGGUGUGCGGAUAGUCUACCGCCACCGUCUUAUACGCACAGGAUACAAGGCAGGAAAUCUCAAAUCAGCAAUGAGCUGCGAAUAUGUGCAAGAUUAUGAAUUUGUGGCAAUCUUUGAUGCAGAUUUCCAGCCAGGGGCAGAUUUCUUGAAAAAGACCAUUCCUUACUUUAAGGGAAACGAUGAUCUAGCAUUGGUCCAGACAAGGUGGGCAUUCGUGAACAAAGAUGAGAACUUGCUUACGAGAUUGCAGAACAUAAAUUUAUCUUUUCACUUUGAAGUUGAACAACAAGUUAAUGGAGUGUUUAUCAACUUCUUUGGCUUUAAUGGGACUGCUGGUGUAUGGAGAAUUAAAGCACUUGAGGAUUGUGGUGGCUGGCUCGAACGAACAACUGUUGAAGACAUGGACAUAGCUGUUCGUGCUCACCUUUGUGGAUGGAAAUUCAUCUAUUUGAAUGAUGUUAAGUGUCUUUGUGAACUUCCGGAAUCUUAUGAAGCAUACAAAAAGCAGCAGCACCGCUGGCAUUCUGGUCCUAUGCAAUUGUUUCGAUUGUGCUUCUUUGAUGUACUCCGUUCAAAGGUUUCCUUGGCCAAGAAAGCCAACCUUAUAUUUCUGUUCUUCCUCCUACGAAAGCUUAUCUUGCCCUUUUAUUCAUUCACUCUUUUCUGCAUCAUUCUCCCGCUGACAAUGUUUCUGCCAGAAGCUCAGCUACCAGCUUGGGUAGUUUGUUAUGUUCCUGGGGUUAUGUCCAUUUUAAAUAUCCUUCCAGCUCCUAGGUCUUUUCCAUUUAUAGUUCCUUACCUUCUUUUUGAAAACACCAUGUCAGUGACCAAAUUCAAUGCCAUGAUAUCUGGACUGUUCAAAUUUGGAAGCUCCUACGAGUGGAUAGUUACAAAAAAGUUGGGAAGAUCAUCAGAGGCUGACCUACUUACCUUUGGUGAAAAAGAAUCUGAUCCUCUGCUGGAGACUUCAACUCUCCACCGGUCAUCAUCAGAGUCUGGCCUUGCUGAACUGAAUAAGAUGGAGAUGACUAAGAAAGCUGGAAAACUUAGAAGAAAUCGGCUGUACAGGAAGGAGCUUGGUCUUGCAUUUAUUCUAUUGAUGGCAGCUGUUAGAAGCUUGUUGUCUGCUCAGGGAAUUCAUUUCUACUUUCUUUUGUUUCAAGGUAUCAGUUUCCUAGUUGUUGGCCUCGAUUUAAUCGGAGAGCAGGUUAGCUGAUUUUUUUUCUUAAGUUGCAGAGAGGCUCUACCUAUUUAUUACCGGUUAGCUCACGUGCCCAAGUUUUUAUCCAUUUUUUUGCUCUGAUAUGGAGCUGUGGCAAUCAGUGCCGGUUUUAACGGCUAAAAGACACAACUGCAUUGCUUUGUGAUUGGGUCACCUUGUGGAACGAUUAUUUACUCGUGACCAAGGGACUACUAUACCAUUGUUGUUGUCAAUCUGCUACGUUCUGUCAAAUCUCUAUUUCAUCAGGCUCUCUAAGGUCCGGAUAAAGACUUGGAAGUUGUGAGGACAGUGAUUUUUGCUUUGAGUUAAUUGUUCAGCCCAUUUUGUUGUAGAGUCGCCGGACUGCAUAGAUUGAGGCAGGCACUUAAAGAUUAUAGGUUUGGAAAUUCUUUUAAUUUGUCAUUGGUAAUCUAUGUACUACAUAUACUGGAAAGCUUUUACUUGUCAAAGUUUCCUGUGUUACCAAUGGAUAACUUAGUAUACUCUAUUUUGGUUGUGAAA